ACCACAACUACUAGUAUCUUCACACCCGCCAACUCCCCGCUGCGUUUCCUCCUCACACCGUCUAUCGAGAUUCCUCUAGCGCAAGAGUCGCUGCGCCUGCAUCAUGGGCAACACCACCAGUACCGUGCUGGACAACAUUGUCCAAGGGUCCAACUUCGAUAGAGAAGAAGUCGACCGGUUAAGGAAACGUUUCAUGAAACUCGACAAGGACAACUCUGGCACAAUCGAACGAGACGAAUUUCUUAGCCUUCCUCAAAUCUCCUCCAACCCGCUUGCGACACGUAUGAUCGCCAUCUUCGACGAGGACGGCGGCGGCGACGUUGACUUCCAGGAGUUCGUGUCGGGCCUCAGCGCCUUCAGCAGCAAGGGCAACAAGGAGCAGAAGCUGCAGUUCGCCUUCAAGGUGUACGACAUUGACCGCGAUGGCUACAUCAGCAACGGCGAGCUCUUCAUCGUGCUCAAGAUGAUGGUGGGCAGCAACUUGAAGGACCAGCAGCUGCAGCAGAUUGUCGACAAGACGAUAAUGGAGGCCGACUUGGAUAAGGAUGGAAAGAUUAGCUUUGAGGAGUUUACUAAGAUGGUGGAGAAUACGGAUGUGAGCAUGAGCAUGACUCUAGACCAAUUUUAAAUGUCCAUGGAAGAUGGGAAAAAGGGGCGGCGUUGGGUCUCGGGUAGACACCAACGAGAGCGAAUGCUUGUGGAUAAUGGAAUACAGCAGUUAUGAUAAUGAAUAUCUACAUUCGAUUUCUU